AUGUCACCUUCAGUCGAUGCCGCCGCAUCCAAUACUUUCUACAAGCACACUGGGAUGCAUGGAAACUAUUCGAACCCGGGAACGGACGAGACUCUAAACUUUGAGUUGUUUGAGGACAGCUUCAGCUUCGGCGACAUCGCACUCAAAAACUUCAGCAUGGGUCUCUCCGACGUGACCACCAAGGGCAUAGGUUACCUUGGGCUCUCGUUGCCGGAGCCCAACAUUGUGAACGAGUACCUGAACAGCAGCAGUACAUCAGCGUUGGUAGACCAGUAUCUCUCGUAUUGGAUGGUGCAGAAUGCCAGCGUGGUCACGCCCGCUUUCAGCAUAUGGCCUGGCGACGGUGACAAAUACUCUGGAAAACUCGUCCUUGGAGGCAUAGACACCACCAAAUACACUGGGGAGCUCGUGAGCGUCGAGAUGUACAACCUCACGUUUUUCCUAGAGGCCAUGCAUCUGGCACUCACGCACGUCGUCGCCAACAGCAGCAGUGGCACCGACGAGCUCGCCGCCGACCUCCCUGUGGCUCUCGCGCUCGACUACGGCACCCCGAUGUCGAUUUUCCCGCACAACCUUGCCGUCGAGCUCUGGAAGAUUGUUGGUGCGACGUAUCUGCCCGACAAAAGUGUCCCUGCGGUACCGUGCGGUGCCGCCAAUGCCAACGCCCAGCUCGACCUCACCUUUGGCGGUGCAGGCGGUGCAGUCGUGUCUGCAUUCAUGUCGGACCUCGUGCUCCCGCAGUCGAUCAUGGAUCUCGGAAAACAGGAUGCCCAGGGCCAGCCCUUGUGUGUCUUCCAGAUCCGGAACCACACGGACCCGACAUGGUUCUCGAUGGGUAACUGCCUGCUCCAGUCGACAUACCUCGUCGCCGAUCUGCACAACCGCAAGCUCGCGCUCGGGCAGGCCGUAAUCAAGCCCGAGGUUGCCAGCACGAGCCAGAUCGUUCCCUUUGCCGCCCGCCGUGCGGGAAUCCCCUCUGCGACCCCCGCGCCGAGCCCGGUGCCAAAGGAUGUGCUGCCGUUCUUCAGCUCGGAGCUCCUCACGCAGUCCACCCGCUCACAGAUCCCGACCUCCACGCCAAACCCGUCCACCACAUACGCCGCGCAGGCCGGCUUCACGGACCCGGCGAGCUGGACUGCCAACAUGACGAGCGCUGAUGGGGACUCGGAUGGGCUCGCGCAGUCUGCCCAGAUCGGCAUCGGGGUCGGCGUGGGAGUGGCCGUUGUUCUACUCGUUGCUGUAGCAGUCUUGUUUUUCAGACGACACAGACAAAAGAAGCAGCAACUUCAAGCUUUCAACAACAGCAAUUCUGCAGCUGCCAAUGGCUCGCCGUCGACAAUGGCGACCAGCGCGUACGGCGAAGGCAAGCCCGACAUGCAGACGAAUGCGCCGCCCACUGAGCUCGGGGGCCAGCAGCUCCAACCAGAGCUUGCGACUUGGCACAACAACCAGGAGCUGCCUGGAGACACCGCCGGCGGCACUGGAUAUGGCUAUCAAGGAUCCCCGCCGCCCCAGCACAUGUACUACCCAGGGCCACAACCUCAGCAACCGUACCAACAUCCGCCCGUCGAACUUGACAGCACCAUUCCCACACAUAGGCAGUAA